AGCAGUUAUUGCAUUUGAGCCGCCUUUGCAAGCACUAAAAAUGGAUUUCCUUAUGAAAGCGCUUUUGUUUUUCCUUUUCCUAUCUAACCACUGCACCAGCGGAUAUGUUGCACAUCAUCACGAGAUAGUCAAAAGGGGUGUAAAUUUAACCGCGGUGGAUUACGGAUUAGGGGGAGCAUUGACUAUGCUCUUCAGCCCCAUUGCGAAUUUAGCUGCCCGGGCCAAUAUGGAAAUACCCGUGAUAUCAAACUUUCGCAACAAAGAUGAAAGCAGAUGAACUAUU